AUGGCACAAGCACCCGUAAGCUACGUCUCACCAAGGGCACGUUUUGGUCUCAUCCUACCUGCCACCAACACUGUCGUCGAAGCAGAGUUCAAUUGGAUGCGAGUUCCUGGUGUAUCGUUCCAUAGCGGUCGCAUCGAUAUAAAAAAUCCUGACCUCAACUCCGACGAUGCUAUGGUUGCUUUUCUGGAAGGCCUGAGAACAACGAUUCAAGAUGCUGUGAAGCGGGUCUGCCACUGUCUUCCAACCUAUAUGGUGAUGGGGAUGUCGGCUGAAACGUUUUGGGGUGGCAAGAAUGGCGCAGCCGAGUUCGAGCAAUUCAUGGGCGAAGUAUCGAACGGUCUGAAAGUCUCGACUGGAGCACAAGCUGCACAAGAAGCCCUCAACAAGUUUGGAGCGAAGAAGAUCGGAAUCAUCACUCCUUACCAAGCAGUAGGCGAUCAGCAGGUCGUAGACUUCUUCACGCAAUGCGGUUACGCAGUGCACAUGAUACACGGCCUUCGAUGCAGCAGCGCCACGAGCAUCGCCGAAGUGUCUCCAGAGACGAUCAAGGAGGCCUUCCGAAAGGUCAACGCUCCAGAUGUCGAUGCACUUCUGCAGGCCGGGACGAAUUUACCUGCUGCUAUUGCGGCAGCAGAGAUGGAGGUCGAGCUCGGGAAGCCUGUGGUGGCGAUCAACACUGCGACGGUAUGGCAUGCCUACAGGACAAACGGUAUCAUGGAUAAAAUCGAUGGAUUCGGACGGUUGUUGUCCGAACACUGA